AAUCAGACACCUCGAUCUUUUGCCAGGCAUAUGCUCCUCGUCUCCCGCCGACUCCCCCUCCCCCUCCUCCAUCCCGGAAGACAGCGAGCAUACAUCGCACGUGCUCCUACAAAAAAGCUCUUCGUUCAGCCGUCGUACAUAACUCUCCCGUCGCGAUCCGCAGUGAAGAUGAUGACAGACACGGACGGAGGCAAGCCCACACGGGCGGCGUCACCGGGCUCCGACACGUCGCCGUCCUCGCGACCAGCAGCCAAGAAGCCGCGCCUCAACUCGCCCGACACGCCGCACGCAACGCCGGGCACCGCCUCCCCCAGCCUCAGAGCGAGCGACGCGACGCAGCCGAAACGCGGGCCAAAGAAAACGGGGCCGACGAGGACGCAGAAGCGCAAGGCGCAGCAUGGUGCGCUGCCCGAGUUCUGUUCGCACGAUGACGUGCUGUGGCGCGAGAUCAAGGAGGUUCUCGGGGCGGAGUACGUCGAUGGGUGCGUCGAGGCGGGCACGGGGCGCGACUCGCCGCUGGCGUAUCAUGCGGAGGUGGACGUGGAGGUGAAGGCGAUCUCGUCUACAGGUAGCGCGGUCGGGGUCGUGCUUGGCUCCGCUGUCCCGUGGGCAGUGAUCGUUCCGUUCUCUUUGCCGGGCGAGAUUGUGCGCGCCAAGAUCUACCGCAACGCGAGGAUGCAUUCGUUCGGUGACUUCAAGGAGGUGGUCAAGCCGAACCUAGAGUGGAGAGACGACAGUCGCGUGCAGUGCCAAUACUUCGCCAAGUGCGGUGGGUGUCAGUAUCAGAUGCUGUCGUACGAAAAGCAGCUUGAACUGAAGCGCGACGUGGUGGUCAAGGCGUACCAGAAUUUCUCCGGCCUCGAGCAGUCAACCCUGCCGACCAUCGGAACGACAAUGCCAUCACCCGAACAAUACAACUAUCGCACCAAACUGACACCUCAUUUUGAGGCUCCGAACUCGAAGCAGAGGAAAGAGCAGGACAAUCGUCAAAGCGAUACCGAACGGCCGGAUUGGUUCAGGAUCGGAUUCAACGAGAGCGGAUCGCAGAGGGUGAUUGACAUUGAGGACUGCCCAAUUGCAACUUCGGUCAUCCGUGAAACAUUGCCUGCGGUACGGGAAAAUGCUAUCAAAAAACUCUUCACCUACAAAAAGGGUGUUUCCCUCAUCCUGCGGGACUCGCUACCCUUGUCAACCGAUAAGGACGCGGACCCCGAAACCCACAUCUGCGUGACGGAUCACAAAGGGACCGUGCGUGAAAAAGUGGGACCGUGGAUAUUCGAGUACCCCAACGGGUCCUUCUUCCAAAACAACAACGGCGUGCUACCUUUCCUCACUGAUUACGUUCAGACCCAGAUUUUCUCUGAUGCCGGUAAACGUCCGACGCAUCUGAUCGAUGCCUAUUGUGGCUCAGGCCUCUUCGCGAUCACCCUUUCCCCCCACUUUGAGCGAGUGGCGGGCAUCGAACUCUCCACGGAGUCGAUCCGCGCCGCGACGCGAAACGCGCAACUCAACUCGCUCCCGUCGUCCAAGAUCUCCUUCCGCGCGGGGGACGCCGGCGACAUCUUUCAGGUGAUCGGCGAUUUCCCUCCAGAGGACAGCGUGCUGCUGAUCGACCCGCCGCGCAAGGGCACGGACGAGUCGUUCAUCAAGCAGAUGCUGAUGCUGCGCCCGCGGACGGUGGUGUACGUGAGCUGCAAUGUCCACACGCAGGCCCGCGAUAUCGGGAUGAUGCUGCGCGGGUCCGAGGCGGAUGGGAAGAGGCGAUAUGUUCUGGAGAGCUUGCGUGGAUUUGAUUUGUUCCCGCAGACGGCGCAUGUGGAGAGUGUCGCUGUGUUGAGACUAGCCCCAGCUGAGGAGUAGGUGUAACAGUCGAUUCGAUUGUUUAGCCUGGCAUAUUCGAUCACACGCCGAUGGACUGGUGAAAGGGUACUUGGUAACGAGUCAGGAGGGGUGUGGAGCCAACGUCAGUCAGUCAUUCGAUCCCUCCUAGAAUGUUGUCAGGGAGACUGUGUAGUUUCAUCUGGCAGGCAUUCAAAUUGCGGAAUGCAGUGGUUGAUGCAGUCCUGUUGGACAUCAGAACUGCAAAGCCACGAGUGAUUCCGCGGGCGGGGUUCCUUCCACACGUCGUGCGCCGGAGCUCAGGCAUGAGACGAUGAAUGGAAAACGUGUCACGAUGAAACUUGGUGACAAUACGUGGUCCCCUGAAGCGUUGACCCGCGGAUGAAUUCCAAAUUCGGUUCCACUGGAUAAAAAACUCACUCUCUUUCGCUUUCGCUGUCCCCGCUCCUCCACCCCCCGAAAGUUCCUCUCUUUCCGUCCACAUGGCCUCCUUCGCCCAGUUCGUCUCCAUCACCGCCAACUCGGGUAUCCCAGUCAGCGUCCGGUACACCAUCUCGACCCCGACUGCCACGACCUCGAAAAGGAUCGAUCCGGGCCUGCCCACGGUCUUGUUCCUCCACCCUCUCUUCCUCGGGCAGACCUGUUUUCACUAUCAAUUCGCCGACUGGAGACUACGGAAGUUCAAUCUCGUCGCGCUGGAUCUGCGGGGACACGGGGAUACAGCCGGGGUGGUGGAUGAGGACUACGAUCUGUAUGAUGCGGUUGAGGAUGUCGUCAAGGUCAUGAAAGCGUUGAGACUCCCUCCUUCCCAUCUCGUCGGCGUGAAUUUGGGGGCGUCGAUUGGGCUCGAACUCGCGGCGACGCAUCCACGGCUUGCUCUGUCGCUGACAUGUAUAUCUCCUUCCUCAUGGCGACUCAAGAGAGACGAUUUGGUUAUUCAAGAGAUAGAAGACAUCUACGAAUGCUUAGAAGGCGGCUUGUCAAAACGCAGGAACCAGUCGGCUCUGCAGCGCGCAGCUUGCGGCAUGCUACAACUGGGGGUAAACGAUCUCGAAUCUCCGUUGCUGGACACAUUAGUGAACUUGAGCAUAACGACGGCUGCGAACUCGUGGGCAGGGAGAGUCAAAGAGCUCUCCCGCGCUACUGUGCGUUUGUUCGCUAGUGGACGUCCGUGUCCUCGGUCGAUGCUCCGAGGGAUCAGGUGCCCAGUAUCCCUCGUGCGCAGUGGAGCAGAUGUAGGAUAUGUUCAAGAAUCUGUGGACGAGACAUACGAGACGUUGCAAUCUCAGGGCACGCUGGUCAGGACGUAUGACUUGCCUGAUGCGCCCCAGUGGGCGCAUCUCAGCCACCAUCCCGAAGUCAAUCAACUGAUACAUGAUAUCGUCGUCGAAUUCGCCGCCGGGAGGGUACCCGUCGGGAGCCUCUUGCAAAGCAAGCCGUUUCCGGUGGAAUCUCCUUUUGAAGACGUGUUGUGUGGGGAUCCAGAUUCGGAUUCGGACGACGAGGAUUGCUCGGAGUGAGAUGAAAAGCUUCAUUGCGUCUCAUAAUCCUUACCCUAUCGCAAACUAAUAUUCAAAUACCAUCGGAUGGAUGACACCGACCCUGUCCUGAGAAACAACUCGAUUUUUCUGAUGCGCCGAUGCUCUCAAUUGAGGCCAGUGCCUGGCCGAUGUCCCAAUUGUUCGUAGCUCGGUGGGUGAGUAAGCUUCUCCUCACUCAUUUUACAAAAUUGAAGACGGCCGGGGAAGGCCCUG